AGCACUACAACACACAAUCUGAUGACGAACAGCGCGGUUUACGAAUUGUGUUUGGUUCAGUGCCAGUAUUUCGAUGUUUCUUGCAUGCUCUUUGGUAUUGUCUGCAACCAUGUGAUGUUAUAUUAGGCUUUUUUUAAUCUUUCCUCAACCAGUCAGUUGCAACGGUACACCUCGAUGUCGACAAUGACUGACAGCGAUUCAGGCACGAUCUCUCAAGAAGAGAUAGCGAAUCAGUUCCGACUACCAGAGCGCCAGGCAAAGGUGAACCUGUUGAUCAAGGCAAUGGAACAGGUUGCUGGGGAUGGAGAGGGAGAGCCAGUUUACUGUAUAUGCAGGACCUCAGACUCAACACGCUUUAUGAUAGCGUGCGAUAACUGUGAGGAGUGGUACCAUGGGGACUGUAUUGGCAUCACACAGUCAGAUGCCCGCUCUAUCAAACGAUAUUACUGUGAUAAAUGUAGAAAUGUCAACAAUACACUAGAAGUUGUAUAUAAGCCGAAGAAGCCAAAGGAGAAGUUAAAGAGUGAAUCCAGUGAUGCAGAAAAAUACUACCUUACAGAGUAUGCAAGUAGCAAACUUCGAGAUAAGCAAAAGAAGCAGAAAAAAUCUACACGCCGGUGUGGAGAGUGUGCAUCAUGCCACAGAAAGGAGGACUGUGGAAGAUGUGAUUUCUGUAAGGAUAUGAAAAAGUUUGGUGGACCAAACAAAAUCAGGCAAAAGUGUCGCUUGAGACAGUGUGCAAAUUUUGGACUGUCACUGACCAGCAAACAGUGGCAGAGGAAGAACUCAUCCAAUGCAGAGACCAGCAUCACAGAGUCAGAAUACAUCCCAUUUGGAGAGGGGACACAGGAUGAAGAGGACCUGGAUGAUAGCUGUGACUUUGAAGCUGAGAACAGGAUCAGAACACCAAAGGCACGUGAUAGGCGGUCAAGUUCAUCUGAUACUGGCUCCCCUCGCAAAAAAGUAAAGAAGGACAAAAGGAAGGAGAAGAAGAAAGAAAAACACAAACAUUCACCAUCAAAAAAGGGAGUGAAAUUGAAAGAGAAAUCUGUGUCGUCCUUGAAACGCCGCUACACUGAUGUUGAAGACUUUGUUGACAUAGAGGAAGAGGAGGCAAGGCAGUGUAAUGGACCAGGGUGUACUGAGGCAGCUCGACCCAGCUCCAAAUACUGCUCUGAUGAUUGUGGCCUCAAGCUUGCCAAGAGUCGAAUCUAUGAAAUUUUGCCGAGUCGUAUCCAGCAAUGGCAGAGCAGUCCUUGUGUAGCAGAAGAAAACAACAAAAAAGCGCUGGAAGAAAUCCGAAGACAACAGUUAGAUGCCAGACAGAAAUUGGGUGACCUUGACCUGAAGCAUCAAGAGUUGGAUGCCAUCAUUGAGCGGGCCAAACAUUCCACCUUAGACCCGGAACAAACAGGAACUGAAGCUGAGGAUGACACAGAGUUCACCAUAUAUUGUGUUACUUGUGGGGGUGAGAUCAACCAGAGGGGUGCACUCAAACACAUGGAGAGGUGCUUUGCUAAGUUUGAGGCUCAGACCUCGUUUGGUUCCAUCUACAAGACCCGAAUUGAGGGCAGUUCCAUGUUUUGUGACUACUACAAUGCUCAACAGAAGACUUACUGCAAGCGAUUAAAAGUCCUCUGUCCAGAACACACAAAGGAAGCGAAAAUAGCGGCAGAUGAUGUGUGUGGUUGUGCCCUUGUUGCCAAUGUAUUUGAAGAGACAGGAGAGUACUGUCGAGCACCUAAGAGGAAAUGUCUCAAACACUACUGCUGGGAGAAACUAAGGCGAGCAGAGAUUGACAUGAACAGACUAAGACAGUGGCUUCGCCUCGAUGAGCUGUUUGAGCAAGAGCGUAAUAUCCGCAUGGCAAUGUCCAACAGGAUGGGAGUGCUGGGAAUGAUGUUACACCAGUCUAUAGACCACGACCCUCUCACACCAAUGAAGACUUCACAUAGUUACACCAGUCUAUAAACCAUAAUCCUCUCACACCAAAGACAUCAGCUAGGUCCAGCUUCAUCUACUAUUGUCUAACAGUUAAACAAGGAUGGGCCUUAAUUUGGAUUGGACUAUGAAAAUAACUGCAUCUACAGCUUCAUUUCUCAAAAAUGUUCAGUUAUUUCAUAAUUGUCAUGUUAUUUUUGUACAAAUCUCAGAAAGAUAACAUGUAACAUGACUUGCCAUAGGUGUAACAUCACAGACCUUGCAGUGUGGUGUCAUUGUCUUCUUCUUUUGUGUUACAAAUACCACCUGUGUAGUUGGUGCAUAUCAGCGAUGUAUAUCACUACACAUCAACCCAUGCUUGCCAUAAAAGGCAUAUAUGUGUGUCAUAAGAGGCAACUAAAGGGAUCAGGUGGUCAGACUCGCUGACUUGGUUGAUACAUGUCAUUAUAUCCCAAUGGUGUGGAUUGAUGCUCAUGAUGUCAAUUACUCGAUUGUCUGGUCCAGACUCGAUUAUUUACAGACUGCCGUCAUAUAGCUGGAAUAAUGCUGAGUGCGACGUUAAACAACAAACAAACUCCCAUCAACCCCUUUUAGCUCAUCUGAAAAUAAAUAUCCAGUCUGAACCAGACAAUCCAGUGAUUGACAUCAUGAACAUUGAUCCACCCAAUUUGGAUACGAAGACAUGUAUCGACCAAGUCAGUGAGCCUGACGACCUGAUUCUGUUAAUCGCCUCUUACGAUAAGCAGAGUCGCCUUUUACGGUAAGCAAGGGUUGCUGAAGACCUAUUCUACCCCUGAUCUUCACAGGUCUGGUCAUUGGUAAUAUUGUCGAAAUAAAAUAUGUUUCAUCUGAGGAAUUUCUUUCCCAAA